UUUGUAGGCAUCAAAAGCAGAGUUUGGUUAAGCUCUGAGCUGUACAACAGCCAUAGCUACACGCCCUCCAAAGAUCUGUUACCUUCCAUUUGAUACACACGAAGCGAGGCAGUGGGUGGAUCUCUGCGACGACUUCGUUUGGCUAGAGUUCUGAAGAAGUAGGCUACUUCUUCCUCCAUCCGCAGCGAAUUGAGGGAGUGUGAGAAUGGCGAGUCGAAAGGAGGAAGAGAAAAAUGAACGAAUUAUUCGCGGCCUUCUUAAACUUCCCGAGAAUCGCAGAUGCAUCAACUGCAACAGUCUGGGGCCACAGUAUGUUUGCACAAAUUUCUGGACAUUUGUUUGCACGAACUGCAGUGGAAUACACCGUGAGUUCACACACCGUGUAAAAUCAGUAUCGAUGGCCAAAUUUACUUCACAAGAAGUUAAUGCCCUUCAAGAAGGGGGAAAUCAGCGUGCAAAGGAAAUUUAUCAUAAAGAAUUGGACCCACAACGUAAUUCCUUUCCUGACAGCAGUAAUGUUGAGAGACUUCGAGACUUUAUUAAGCAUGUAUAUGUGGAUAGAAGAUAUACUGGUGAGAGAAACUUGGACAAGCCUCCAAAGGGGAAAAUGGGUGAGAAAGAAGAUUCCUAUGACAACAGACGAGUGGAUUCAUAUCAGGGUGGCUCUCGAAGCCCGCCAUAUGAGGAUAAAUAUGACCGUCGUUUCAGUGAUAGGUCUAGUCCUGGUGGAAGAAGUUAUGAUGGGCAAAGAAGUCCGGGAUAUGAUCAAGAAAGUCGGCAGUCUGGUGAUUAUAGGAGAAGUCCUGGUCGACCCGAAAUUGUGAAUGAUUGGCGUCGAGAAGAUAGAUUUGGAAAUGGGAGUCGAAAUGAUGAUCGUAGAAUAUCUGAUGGAGAUUCUAAAGUGGAAGGAAAAUCACCUGAACGACCAAGAGAUCUAAAUUCGUCUAGUCCCCCUAUUGUACGGCCUGUUAGAGAGAUUUUGGGGGAGAACACAAUACCUCUCCGUAUAAUUGAACCUCCAAAAGCUAACAGUGCUAGAGCUACUGAUAGCUCUGUGCAUGCACAGAGAAGUGUGUCGUCCAGCAGCUUGGCCUCCUCUAAUGGGAACCCAGUGGAAGUGAAGCCGGAGACUUCUGGAAGUUUAAUUGAUUUUGAUGCUGAUAUUGAACCUACUCCAGCUGCUGCAGUUCCUCAAGCGCAACAACCUACUGUAGCUCAAUCCUUACCACAGCCAGCAAAUUUAACCAAUGACAACAAUUGGGCCUCUUUUGAUGUUGCUCCAGCAGUAACAGUACCUCAAGCUCCUGGGAAUGUGAAUUCAUUAGAAUCUCUACUAUCACAAUUAUCAGUUUCAGCACCUGUCCCUAGUUAUACUUCUGGGACUGCAGGUAAUAUUGGUGCUCCCACAGUUGCACCAGUAAGCAGCUUGUCAACAUUUCCCCCUGUUGGUGCUCCGGUUCCUGCCCCUGGAUCUCAAGCAUUCCCAGUAAAUGGUGGUAAUUUCCAUUUGAAAGAUGCUGCUUCUGGCCAAUGGCCUACCAUGCAGCAUCAUCAACCUUCAUUAUACCCUGUUACUGGUAUUCAACCUGCUGCACAACAAUACAUGCCUUCCGUCGAUGGAACUUCGACAAUUGCAUCACAGUCGUCAGCUGGGGAUGCAAAAUCUACUGGAAGAAGAGAACUUCCUGCGGAUAUUUUUGCAAUGAACUAUCCAUCCUUUCCUGCAUCAGUUCCUGGAUGGCAAACUGGUCCACGUGGUAUGGGGUUUCCUAUGCCAUAUAACACUGCAGUGCCCAUGCCCAAUUAUCAGCAGUCUUCAAAGUCAGCAAACCCAUUUGAUGUAAAACGUGAACCACAAAUACAAGCCUCAGCGUUUCCUUCCUUGCAAGCUCCCCUACCAAAUGCCCAGCCUUUAUCCCCAUUGGGUUUAAUGCGCACGUCCAGCCUUGGUGCUCCCUCGUCAGCAUGGAUGCCCCUCCAAUCAUCACCAUAUUCAUCAGCGGUGCCUCCCCAAGGACCACAAUAUGCAUCACAAGUGCCUCUUCAAGCACCACAGUAUGCAUCACAAGUCCCUCCACAGCCACCACAAUUUGCAUCACAAGUGCCUCCUCAGCCACCACAAUUUGCAUCACAGAUGCCACCAAGGGCCUACAUGGUGCAACAAGUUCCGAGUAGCAUCCCACCUUCCGGGUAUCAAGGGGCAGGAGGCUUUGGCACCGAUGGGGCGUCUUUUGGUUCAUUAAAUAUGGAUCAACAGCUGGCGGGUAGAUUCUCAGCGCCCGCUACCCCAAAUCCUUUCUCUUCGACGGGAGGAAAUCCAUUUGGGUAGAUGAAAAAAACACAGGAUGUCUCUAAUCCCAUUUAGGGUAAGCAUCGUCUUGCUGCUCCCGCCGCACGUCAAAUUGCUGGAUGGAAAGUUUUGGUUUCCAUCUCUGUAGUUUUUAAGUUAUCCGAUGCAGCCUAAUGCGAGAUUGUUCUAUUGGAUCAUCACCGGGGGUCACAAGUCAAAAGGUCGACUUCCCGUCAUGUACAAUUUGUUUGUUGUUUGUAAGAGAGAAAGAGAGAGAGUAUAGUUAAGAGGGGAAUUAAGUUGUAGAGUUUGCUUCAAUGGGGACCCUAGGUGUCUUCUUUUUUCAAGCCAAGGUGUUUCUUUUUUCCUUUUUAAUUUUCUUUGCCUACUUUGUUGUAUGAUGUUGCAUCUCAUUAUUAUGCUGUGAGCUCAUUGAGUCUAAGGUAGUUGGUGGAACAGUAACAAUGAUUUUACAGUGAAUGCAGUUUGUACGUUAAUACCA